AUGCGGUCCGUGGUGGCCGGCACCAAAAACGUGCUGGAAUCGGUGAACAAGACGCGGUCGGUGAGGAAGGUGGUGGUGACGGCGUCCUACGCGGCGAUGGUGGCGGACCCCGACGAGGCAAGCGGCCCGGUGGGAGAGGAUUCCCACGCAACCUCCUGCGGGCCCAAGAAGCUGGUGUAUUUCUACGCCAAGAAGUUCGCGGAGGAUCUGGCCAACUACAUGGAGAGGACGCAAAGGAGGUGGAAGCUUGUGACCAUUUGCCCUGGUUUCACUCUCGGACCGCCGGUAGCCACAAGGCAGGACUCAGCCUCCUUUCGGUUCAUGUCCUGCCUCCUGGAUGGCAGCUUUUGGCCCUGCACACCUGCAGUCGGACUGCCAUUCGUUGAUGUGGAUGAUGUUGCAGCUGCGCACUGCAUCGCUGCCAUCAAAGAGGAGUCCAGGGGCAGGUAUUGUGUUGUUGCAAGAUCCAUGUACCCUGACGAUGUGGUCAGAAUUUUGAGGGAUCAUGGGUAUGGGAAGUCACACUGGCUGCCAUUUCUCAAGGCACCAAAAUGGCUGCUGCUUUGCUACGGACGAGUUUAUGGCUACGAUGGGGAUUUUGUUAGGGCUUGGUAUGGGAAGUGCCCGGAGUUCAACAAUGAGAGGUCCAGAAUGGAGCUUGGUUUGGAGUACAUUGAUUUGGAGGUCAGCGUUGUGGACAUGGCUGAGAGGCUUGUGGCGAGCGCCUUGGUGGAAGCAGAGAAUCGGUCCGUGCUGUUCUACUGGCUUUGGAAGUGUUACAGCCUGCUGCUGUGCGCGCCCCCAGACGCGGCGCGGUGCAGAGUCGAGCGUUUCAUGAUGGCUCUGCGCCUGACCAAGAGGCGCCCAGCGCCGUCCGCAGAAAAAACAGGAACGUUGGCAGAAAGGGCUAUGUCAGAAAUUCAACUGUCAGAUAGGGGGAGCUUGGCGGGGCCAUCGCAGCCACCCGCCCAGGAAAGGGUUUGA